UGACCAAACCCUGCAAUAAAGGUUUAUAAAUUACAUACAAUCCAACAGAGAGGCAAAAACAGUCGAAUUCGACGACAACAUGGCCACGGCGAAGUUAAUGAUAAUGGCUGUCGCGGUGGCUCUGGUUGUAAUCGGCACGGCGGAGGCGCAGACGGCGACUUGUGCAUCAAAACUAGUGCCAUGCGCUGAUUUCUUGAACUCCACAACUAAACCACCAGACACCUGCUGCGAUCCACUCAAAGAGGCCGUUGCAAAUGAUCUUGUGUGCCUCUGCAACCUCUUCAAUGAUCCUUCAUUCUUUUCCACCUUCAAUGUCACUGUCGAUGAGGCUCUCCGUCUAGCCAAAAACUGCGGUGUCACCUCCGAUCUCUCCUCCUGCAACGCUCCUUCUCAGACUCCUUCAUCCGUGUCACCCCCAGGCCUAAAAAUGUCAAAGUGGGUGUGAACUGUGACGCCAGCCAGCUGCCUCAACAUUUGACCAAGAAAACAAUCAGGAAUAGCCAAACAUGACAGAAGUUAGUCUUUACGUUUCCAUGUUUGAUGCCCUAUGAAUAGAGCUCAGCCUAAGAAAAGUCAAAUUGACGCGUUUUCUUGUAAAACUCAUCCCAGAAAGUUAGAAUAUUUCAUCAUCUAAUAUUUAUUCAGAGAAGGAUUUCUGUGACAAAUGAUGCUUAAACAAGAGUUUAUUCUGAAAGAAGGGCAAGUAAGAAAUGAUUUUGUUGCAUGUGAUACAGGAGUACCAGGAAAUGAUGUAGGUGCAGGCAAGACGGCAAGUAUUAUUACCAGUGGCUUGGUGUCAUUUGUGCUGCAUAUGAUGGUUUUUUAGGGAAUGAAUUGGAGUAAUUAAUAGAGAGUUGAGUCUGAUUUAGGGAGAUUUUUUUCUGGGUUUGCUUUUGUCUCAUCUCUUAUUUCCUAUUUGAACAUCCUUUGUUAGUUUGUCAUGUUUACUUGCAUGUUAUGUUAUCUCACUAUAUGUUGUAUACUAGUUCACUUUCCAUGUGUUAAUUACUUUUGUAAUAAGUUUCCUCUCUGUUACAUUUC